UGACACUAUUUGCGUCUUGUUUUUUUUAAUAUUACGUUGUUUGAAAUUAUGAUUUUGCCGUGAGGGAGCAUGUUAAAAGCUCGUACUCGCAGCUUCGUCGUUAAGUGUUGUAUACGUUGGAAAGUAGCCAACGUUAGCUUAGUGGUAGCCAACUAACUAACGGCAACACUUAAAGCGUUGACGCUAGCCAGUCGAGCUAGCUGACCGCUAAUGUACAGCAUCAGCAGUCGUCCCGGCAACGAUGAACAUCCUCCCGAAGAAGAGCUGGCACGUUCGCAACAAAGACAACGUCGCGCGCGUGCGGAGGGACGAGGCCCAGGCAGCAGAAGAGGAGCGUGAGGCCAAGCGGCGCGUGGAGCGUGCCGAGCAAGAGGCACGUACAGAGUACCUAAGAAGCAAAGCCCGAGCUGCUCUCCAGUCAGCGGGAGGAAGCAGAGAUGAUGAUGAUGAUGAACGCAGUGGAGGAAGUGGAGCUCUGGAGCAUCUCAAUCUUUUUCCUCUGGAGGAGUCCUCAGAGAAGAAGGGGAAUGAAGAGUAUCUCAAAGAAAAGAAAGAUGAAAAGGAGAAGCAGGAGCGUGCCAUCGGCUUGCUGGUGUCUCUUGGACCCCAACCUGGGUCUGAAGUCACUCCAUGGUACCUGAAAAGCGGUCAAGAAAAAGAAGAAAGGAAAGAAAAAGAAAAGACAAAGGGAAUAAGUGAAGAGGAGAGAGAGAAGAAGGAUCGUAGAUUGAAGGAUAGUUUGGACCCAUUGAAAGAUAUGAAGAAAGCUCUAGCUAUAAAAGACAGAAAGGAACACAAGAGCAAGAAAAAGGAAAAAAGAGACAAAGGGGACAAGAGGAGCAGUGGAGAGAGCUCCAUAGAAAGGUUACGUGCUGAGCGUUUACAGAGGGAGGCUGAAGAAAGGAGGCGAGCCCAGGCCCUGCUUGGCCAGAGGAGUGGCAAAGGAAAGGACAAGGAGCCAGGUGGGGAGAUGAAUGAGAGGGAGAGGCCUUACAACAACGCCUUCUUCCCAGAACUCGCCCGAAAACGGCAAAAGCGGGAUCGAGACAGCUGGAGAGAUGAAAUAUUAAAAUCAUGAACUGUCUUUAUUAGCUGUUUUGAAAACUGUGAUCUGUGAUGGAUAGCCUGAGGACAAAUACUGUGACCAAUUUGUUUCCAAAUGUAAAAGCCCAGAGGAAAGAAGGUAACAUGGGAAGUGGGUAAAGAGCCACAUUAUGAAUAUACUUGUUACCUGGUCACACUACUGUCAAAAAGUGGAUACUACCAAACUGUAGUAUGGUUGCUAUUAAAUUUAUUAUUAUUAUUAUUAUUAUUAUUAUUAUUAUUAUUAUUAUAAAAUGUGACAAGAUUGUAAGGUGAGGGAACACCAGCACGCACUGAAUGAACAGUGUUCUCAGUCAGAUAAUCACACUGGAGAGAGCAGAGCUGAAACAAUAAGUUGAUUAAUCAGGAGAUCGACAGAAAAUGAAUCUGCAAAUAUGAUAAACUAAAUAAAUUUUUCAAACAAAAAUGCCAACAUUUACAUGGUUCCAUCUUCAUAUAUUAGAGGAUUUGUGGAUUUUCUACGUCUCAUGUAACAGUAACCAGAAUCUUUUUGGGUUUUGGUCUGUUGGUUGAAUAAAACAAUCUGCAUGUUAAUCAGUAAUUAUUAUUUGUAGCCAUAGGUGAAAUCAGUAUGUCUGCUGUGAAAGUUGAUGAUGAGGAUAAAAUAGUUGAAGACUCAUUUUUACCAUUUCUGUUAUUUCUAAAGGCUAUUGAAGUCCCUGGAUUCCUCAUGUGUAACCUCUAUAUAUUAUUAAAUCUAGUGUGACAUGAGUUGGACUAUUUCUCUAUUUUGUUAUUUGUUAUUGAGCCAUAUAAGCCUUUUUUGUAAAGAAAACAUUUGACAUGUCAAAGUAACAAGGGCACAGGUUUUAAAUAAUGAACUGAAUGAUGGUUGAAUUCCAUGUAGCCGCGUCAGCUUCAGGGUCCUGGCGUUGUGCAUGAUGCCUCACUGUCACGCUGUCAUGACUUGCUGGGACACUUGAACAGAGCAGAGCCAACGUUAAUGUCUUUAGUGACACCUGUGCUUUCCCUGCUAGGACAAGCCAAAAUGUCUGCUGGGAAAAUGGCCUACUGGGCCAUAUAGCAACAUCAAAGAAUUGACAUUCACUUGCUUUUUCCACUGCAAUAAUUUAUUGUACAAAUAUAUAAUGUGAAAAUACACUUAGCCUACAAAAAAUACUACUUUCACUAGUGAUACGAUGUUUGGUCUUGCUGGAACUGUUGGUUUAAGCUUGUGUUGCUGUUUAAUUUUUUGGUUAAACUAAGAUCUUUCUAUUGUUUUGUUAAAUGUUUUGUCCGUUACAUCACUGAGCCAAACUAGUCUCCCAAAUGGCAAUAAACAUGAAUCAACACUUACCCAAGUUACCAUAAACAAAAACUGAACAUUAUAACCUUCAGGAUGGAGGCUUUGUUGUUGGACUGUUGUACUAGACUGCAUUCGUUUUAGCUAGAUGUAAAUAAUAAACUCGCAACUGACUGUAAAUUACCUUUGACUUGUACACAACAGCUUGAUAUUUAUUUGCUUGUUUGUUUAUUGCUCAAAGUCCAGAAACUGCUCUUAUUAUAGUGCAGCUGCCACAGUUCACACCAUAUCUCAUUAA